AUGGCCCUAAAUACUUCCGGGACCUCUGGAGUGGCAGGGAGCAGCAGCCAUACUGCAAAUACGCAGCAAGGGCCAGAGAUCGAGGGCAUAGGAACGCACGCGUACUAUCCUACCAAUGUAGCACCGUACAGCUCUUCGCUUUCCGGAGCGACUAGCCUUCCUUCGGCAGGUCCGAGCCACAGUCACACAAUACCCAGCACGCCCGGACCAAGCUCAGGGAAGCGCAGACAGCCAGACGAUCCGUCGACUACACCGUCCUCCUCUGCCAGCAAGAGACGCCGUGCACCAGUGGCCAGUCCUGGUGUUGCUGAGGAGAGAGCGGAUUACGAGAAGGAAGAUCCUGACGUCGGCCCCAAUGGUGGGCCGAAGCAUUGGACAGACCAGGAGAAGACGAACCUGUUCACUUGGAUACUGUGCAACGACGCUCAUUGGGACGCGUUCAACACGAAAAUGAAUACAGUGUUCCGUGAUACCGCGACGGCAAUUUUCGGCAGUCGCAAGACUUUUACAGCGCUCAAGAGCUGUUUUCACCGCAACCUAGAGGUAUUCAAACAAAUAUAUGCGCUGGAAGCCUUCCUCGCGCGCCCUGCUCCUCCUAUUGAUGGUGCGCCCGACGCGGUGCAUCAUGUGGCCGGUGUGCCUGCGCAUUUCAACUCAGCGACGGAGCGCCAAUCCUUUUUAGAAAGCCGACUGGAAGCUGCGCGCGCCGCUGGUGCCCCCGUUGGCAACCUGAAUGUCAAAGUGAUCGACCAUUGGUACACGAUGGGAUGGUACGGCCUAUUCAAAAACCGCUAUCAGGAGGACCAAAAGACUGGAUUGCCCGUUCCGCUUUUUGGACUUGGCAAAACUACGCUGUUCGCCGACGCUCAGCACAAUAUUGACCCACAAUUGGUGGAUGAUAAUCCUGAACAGGACCUCAAUGCUGGGCAUGCACAAGAGCGUGAGAAUACUGUGCAGCCCAGCAAUAGUUCCAGCACCAGAGGCCCAGCGCCGCAACCGCAGCCUCCAACCGCUUCUUUGAUUCCACCACCUGUGAAUUUACGCAGCAUAUCCCAGGGUCAACAAUACAUAGUUUCUGCCGCUCAGCCGCCGCCAAUGCCAUAUCCUGGUGCGCCGUUCAUGCCAAUGCAUGUGCAUCCGUCGGGCCCUACAUAUUGGGAUUCCCGUCAAGCACCAGCCGAAUAUCCUCCACAGCCUCCCCCUGGUCCGCCACAGCCCCAGUCCCAGCAGGAGGGAGCGAUCGUGCAAGCACUGGAUCGUCUUACAGCCGUCUCUCAGUCGCUCGUCGAGGCGUGCACGGACCUCUCAGGGUUGCUCCGCACACAAGCCGCUGCUGGAGCUGGCGUGGGCGUAGGGAAGGAAGCGGAGCGGUUCAACAAGAAAGAGAAGGCAGCGCUUGCGACGGAGGUCCUGGCCAAUUCAGAAGUGAGUGACGAGGUGCGCAAGGCUGCUGCGGAGUACCUCAAGAGGUUGUUUGUUGAUGAGUAG